AUGGCGCAAAAAAACGCAUUUGAGGCCUUUGCAAACGCGCUCCUGCACAGCGUUUCACCAUUUAUGCUGCCGCUACGGGAGCGGUGCAAGACCUCGCUUCCACACAUUAAGGUUGACCAACGCUUUGGGAAGAGCGGACAGCCACAGACGGCCGUGGCGCAGUUUGUCGUAGCUCCUCUGGUGACGAAUUACAGGCCGCGACACUUUCACGAUCUUACCCCUGGCGACUUGAUGGAGUUCCACUACGACUUUGCCCAAGUUAUAAAACAACUUAAAUCCGCAAGUGACAUACUGUUUGGCUAUGGUCCGGUGUGGAAACGCUAUGCGGUGCCCUACUGCUACGUGAGCUGCAAGGACUACAGGCAGGAGGUGUUAAACUUGUGCCCAGACGAGGUUCCCAACAUGCGUGUGGAGGCCAUCUAUGAAGAUGAUAUAGUGAAGGACAUCACAGACGUGGUGCUGGCCGUGGAGGAGCUGGAGCCGUUGCAGUCUAUGUCGAUUGCGCAGGCAAUGAGUCGCCGCGUAAACUUGGCCCCCCUCUUCGACGCAUUUGACACCAUCUUUAAACCCAUCGAAAACUACCGCAUCAUCAUCCGUGACCUGCAUCGCGCCCCGUCCACCUAUCUGAUUCAGGCCUCGCAUCACGAGAUACAACAGAAGCCCUCACCGCUUGUGCUCUACAACGACCCCAAUCUGUGGUACGAGCUUCCUGUGGUUAGCCGCAUACGAGUCGAGGAGAAAACGACGGAAGAGGCUGCUCAGCACCCUGCGGCGGACACCGCAGCCACUGCAGCCUCCGCAAAGGCCGCGGGGGGGGAAUCCAAAGCCGGCGCGACUUCCAGAAAUGACCGCGGACUACCAGCUGAGCGCGGCUCACACGGUAAACGCUCCAGCCCGGGUGAAAUGUACCCAUUGGCGGUGGUGGUGCCCGUGGUGGGGAGCGUCCUUUGCGUGCUUCUGACGGCCUGCAUCUUGUGGCGGCGCAGGUCCACUGCGUAG